AUGGCAUCUGAAGAACUCAUACCCCCACUCGGAAGCUCUCCGAUCAGCCAAAGUUCAGUGCAUGACAACAACCACGACGAGGACAGCACCACCGACGAGGGUCAAGAGGUCGAAGUUCCGGUCUCCUUCACUGUUUAUGUCACCAGACCACCUAAACCAGGACGACGAGGUAUGAUCCAGGUGCCGCCAUUCUGCUACAAAAGUCCGAGGGGGUGUUCGAUUCAAAUGCAUACCCAGCUGUCCACUUUUGACGAAGUCCAACACAAGAUUGCCGAGAUUUUUGAAGACCAUGCCAAAAACCUGGGGGCCUUAGUUUUGGCCGAUUACAAUUCUGAAACACCGACAAUCAUUUGGAAGGCUGCAGUGUCAUAUGGAAUAACCGGUGCAUUUAGCCGAAACAACAACGUAAUGCUAACUCCACAGAUCUUCAGAGAGUGGAAAGAUGAAAUCCAAAACAGUCCACGUGGCCGAGGCAGCAUUUCAAUCCAGCAACCAAAGCCAUCGCAAGAGUCCACUGCCGAUCAGGAGGCUGCGGUCGCACAGGCACUUCAAAAUAUCAACAGUGCCAAUCCAGGCCAAGAGCAAGCAGACGACAACGAAUCCAAUCACCAAAGAAGAGAAGCCGAGACGCCUGCAUUGAAUGAUUUUUCCCUCUCAGCAACUAUCCGCGAGUUAUACAAUACCCAUCGCAGAGAGGGGAAUAUGCAUCGAAGCUUUCCGGUAUUUUGUAAUCCAAUCAAACCAAGCGAGGCAAUCAUACUCACUCCGGCCGCUAUUGGGAUCUGGGCAGAGGCAAUAAAAUAG